GCACUUAACAGUUCCUCAUUUGUAAAGUAAAGAAAUCAUCUUUUUUUUUUUUUUCUUUCUACUCUUUAUCCCACAGUCUUCCUCCAAGCGUCUUUUAGAAAUAUGAACUUUAAAGAUUUGCAAUUCUCCAUUGGCAAACUCAAAGCAGAUGUCCAUUCCCAAAUUGCUAAAAAUAACCCGUUGCAAAAGCAAGAUACGAAGGCAUUAUCAAUGUGGAUUUUCCAAGAACGGAAUGAUUUGGCAACAAUGCGGACAAAGGCUUAUAAACAGUCUGAAACAAUCAAAGCCUUGAAAGAGUGGGUUAAAGAAGAAGUGGCAGAGGAAACGAUUGAUAAUAGCAGAGAUUUAGAGGAUCUAGUGGGCGAUAAGUUGUGUCGUUUAUUAGAUAAACAGAUUGAAAUUGAACAAGAGUUUGCAGUAAACUCAAGGAUAGUUCAUAACGACUUUUUUUAUACUUGGUGGAGCAGCCAAAUACCAGCAAUACCGUCAUGCUAUCAAGUCUAUCCGAGAACGAGAAGAGAAGCUAGCGGAUGAAAGAGAAAAGAAACGCACUCUUCAAGCUCGUAUUGCCAAUUUACAGAAAUCGAGUCCUAAAUCACCCAAGCUUACUGAAUUUCAGAAAGAAUUAC